UCUGUGGUUAAAUAUAUUCAUCUCGAUUCAUGCAAGGUUUUUAGGUUAUUUUCAUGCUUUUCUUCUUAUUUAUAUUUACAUUAUGUUAUAAAAUUCUUAUUUAUUAAUUAUAAAUUUAAUAAUUGGUAAUUUUUGUGAAAAGUGAAAAAAGAAAUACUUGAAUGAAAAUGGAAAUAGAUCUACCUAGCUGUAUUCAAGCUAAACUGAUAUCAGAUACUGGCGAAGAAACUGGAAGUCCUUUGGAUUUGCCAUUAAAUAUAACAAGAGAACAAUUACAGCUUAUAUGCAAUGCUCUCUUGGAAGAAGAAGAUAAACCUUUUUUAUUCUUCGUUAAAGAUGUUGAAAUUACUUCAACUUUGAAGGACGCACUAAACAUUAAAGCUUUGAAUUCAGAAGAAAUUGUAGAAAUAGUAUAUCAACAGCAAGCCGUAUUUAGGGUGCGGCCAGUUACAAGAUGUACAAGUUCCAUACCUGGACAUGCAGAGGCUGUGAUAUCAACUAGCUUCAGCCCAUCUGGGAAACAUUUGGCCAGUGGAUCGGGAGACACAACUGUUCGAUUUUGGGAUUUAAAUACACAGACACCAUUGCAUGUCUGUAAAGGACACAAUAACUGGGUAUUAUGUAUAAGUUGGUCGCCAGAUGGAUUAAAACUGGCAUCAGCAUGCAAACAAGGCAGAAUUAUACUAUGGGACCCAAGCACUGGUGGUCAAUUAGGUAAAACAAUGACAGGACAUAAACAGUGGAUCACUGCUUUAGCAUGGGAACCUUAUCACAGAGAUCCAGAAUGCCGGAAAUUGGCCAGCUCAUCGAAAGAUGGUGAUGUACGGAUAUGGGAUACAGUAACAGGUAUAACAAUCCUCAGUUUGACUGGCCAUUCAAAAGCAGUGACUUCUGUAAAAUGGGGUGGUAGUGGUCUCAUAUACACCUCUUCGCAAGACAGAACAAUCAAGGUUUGGCGAGCUGAAGAUGGGAUUCUGUGCAGAACUUUGGAGGGGCAUGCACAUUGGGUUAAUACUUUAGCAUUAAGUACAGAUUAUGUUUUACGUACUGGUCCUUUUCAUCCAGUUACUGACACACAUGGAAUAAUUAGUGACAAAGAACAACUGAAAAAACAAGCUCUAGAGAGAUAUGAGACAGUCUGUUCCCAAGGAGCUGAACAGUUGGUGUCGGGAUCAGAUGAUUUUACUCUCUUUUUAUGGCUUCCUGAGAAAGAAAAGAGACCGUUAGCAAGGCUGACAGGCCAUCAGCAACUUAUUAACGAUGUUAAAUUUUCACCUGACACCAGGAUAAUAGCAUCAGCUUCAUUUGAUAAAUCAGUGAAAUUAUGGGCAGCAGCAACUGGUAAAUUUAUCACAACCCUUAGAGGUCAUGUGCAAGCUGUUUACAUGAUUGCAUGGUCUGCUGAUUCUAGACUAUUGCUUAGCUCCAGUGCAGACUCUACUCUCAAAGUUUGGAACAUAAAAAACAAGAAAUUAGAGUUGGACUUGCCAGGACAUGCAGAUGAAGUCUAUGCUGUUGAUUGGUCACCAGAUGGCGCAUAUGUAGCAUCAGGAGGAAAAGACAAAGUUUUGAAAUUGUGGCAACAUUAAAUCAAGAUUUUUUUUAUUAUGAAAUAAAAAGAUAUUUUACAAUACA